AUGAGUGCAGGCAGCAGCCGUGCCCUCCAUCCAGAGGAGCUUUUCCUCAACAACGGCCCAGCCAGACAAGAAUCACCAACCAUCGGCCCUCUCCGCAUCAACAAACGGGACUCCUCAUCCCCAUCCGCAGGCUCCAGUCCCCCACCAAACGCCCCGCUCCCCUACCCGGAUGACCGCCAACGGCUCCAAAUGCGCGCCUCAAGUUCAAACGACCGAUACGACAACAUCAGAUAUGGAUCUCCGCCAGCUGGUCCUGGCUCCGGCUCCGCGAGUCCAAACGAAUACCCAACAGCGCUGCGGCCGCGGGACGGCCGCGAGCCCCGAGUCGCAACAUUGGCCGAAAGAAGAGGCGCGGCCCCGAAGCCGCUACCCGAAUCUCCUAGCCACGAUGCCCCAGAUCGCGAUGCAAUAGCUGCUAGACAGUACCCAAGACCCCCAGCAGGCCAACCACCAGGCCCGGAGCCACAAGCAAACACAGGCCAAUACGAUUACCGUCAACAAUACUACCCGCCUCCUCAGCGCCAAAAUUCAACCUCGGUAGCCCGUCCCCCGUCAAGUCUACAGGCCUCGCAGGGCCCGCUCAAUCGCAUCAGUUCUACCUCGACAACCCGCGCCCAGCGUGGCUCGCCCCCGCCCCCGGAGACGCCUAUCGUUGGUCCCGGCCAGGGACCCGCCUCGGAUAUCGAGGCGAGAUAUGCGGCGGCUGGUAUCGCUGGUACUGGGACCUUGCAGAAUAUACAGUCGCAUAAUGUCGCUGCGCAGAGACGAGCAGAGCAGUAUACUGGCCAGCAGCCGCAGCAGCGUCCAUGGACGCCCACUGAGCAGCCUGGUUCGCAGCCUCAUGGACCUCCAACUGUUUAUCAGGGUGAUGAGGUCGUCACUGAGAAUAAUCAGCAGCCGGCUCAUCCUGGUCAAUAUGGUAGUCCGGCGCCUCAGAUGCCGGGUUCUUAUGGUAGUCCGGCGCCACAGACUCAUCCCAGUCAAUACAGCAGCCAGGCACCUCAGGCUCAUCCAGGCCAAUAUGGUAGCCCGGCGCCACAGACUCAUCCAGGCCAAUAUAGCAGCCCGGCGCCACAGACUCAUCCAGGCCAAUAUGGUAGCCCGGCGCCUCAGGCCCAUCCGGGUCAAUAUAGUACUCCGCCUCCCCAGGCUCACCCAGCGCAAUAUAGUAGCCCAGCGCCCCAGGGUCAUCCAAGUCAAUAUAGUACUUCGUCUCCCCAGGCUCAUCCAAGUCAAUAUAGCAGCCCGGCACCACAGGCUCACCCUAGCCAAUACAGUGGAUCUCCAUCCCAAAUGCACCCCGCACAGCAGCAACAGCAGCAAGAACAGCAUGGUGCUGCUCCUAAUCCCCUGGAACAAGACAUGGACCGGAUGCGCCUCAGCUCCUCUCCUCCUCCCGCCUACUCAAGUGUAUCUGGCCCUUCUUCGAAUGGAUAUCCCAAUGAAAAGCACAGUGGUGCCACAGCGACGGCAGCAACAGCAGCAGCAGCUGGUGCCGGUGCUGCAAUGAUGCACCCGGCCUUAGCAAAUCAAUCCUCCCAGCCUUCUGCAAAGGCUUCUUCCCCUGCAUCGUCAGUCUCGCCGCAGGACCAUCCUGCUUUCAGGCAUGACCGGCAGCACCACCAAGCAGGCCAAUCUCCACAAGCCUCUACUUCUAAUGACAUGUCCGGUUUCCAUCAUCAGACUAUCCAGGUGACUUCUCCGGGUCCCUCUAGCGCAGGCCCGGCAUCUCCGCCACCUCUUCCGGAGGGAUGGAUUGCACACAUGGAUCCAAGCUCGGGACAGUACUACUACAUCCACUUGCCUACACAGUCAACUCAGUGGGAGUUCCCGAAGGGUCCUACGCCGCUUAACCUCAACGACACACCUUUGUCCCCAGUGGGAAGUGUGUACAGCGCCCACCCGCUAGUUUCCCCAGGUCUCUCAGCUUUCGGAAAGCCUCUGGCGUCGCCCGGUGUGCCGUUGACCCCUGGCUUCGAAAGCCUACAGUCUCCCAUAGUGACUGGGUUCUCCGGACCUCCCCCGAGCAGCGGCAUGGAUCUGUACAAGAACGCACCCACAAACGGCGUCUACUUCGGUCCUUACUUGCGUUACACCAAUAUGGAUCUCGAGCGCGGUAUCUGGAUGGGAUCUAUCCUGCUCGUGACAGAUGCCGCACAGCCACCCACAAUCCACAUGCACCAGAGUCUAGACCUGUCUCCAAACCCAAGACAGUUGAAGGCAUCCAACAUCGCCGCCCACCAACGCUGGACAUUCUACAAGUACGAGAUCGAUCUGCAGAUGGACGACGCGGGGCCAGCGAAAUGGACCUACGCCAUCACCUCGCACCUGGGCUGUACUCGCUACGAGUUCCUCGUCGCUGGUCGAAACGAGACAAACUGGCGUUUCAUCGCUACUUCUGGAAAUGACUUCUCGCUCAAUGUCAAUGCCAGUGAGCGAGCCCGUGUGGGCGGUGUUGGCUACAUGUGGAAGGAUAUCAUGCAAAAACACAAUGAGAUCGGAGGCUUCCAUGCGCAGUUAUGUCUGGGUGGUCAGAUCUAUGCGGAUCGCAUGUGGAAGGAGAUUCCGUCUCUCAAGCAGUGGUUGACCAUCAGUGGAAAAGAAGCGAGAAAGAACGCGCCUUGGACAGCGGCUAACCAGCAGGAUGUUUCUUAUGCAUACUUCCAUUACUAUACUAGUCACUUCGAUCAACCGCACAUAAGGGAGUCAUUUGCGCAGAUUCCUUAUGUCUGCCAGAUUGAUGAUCAUGACAUCUUCGAUGGCUUCGGCUCGUAUCCAGAACACAUGCAGUUCUCAAACAUGUUCAAGAACAUCGGCCGCAUCGGAAUAGAAAUGUACCUCCUCUUCCAGCACCACACAACCCUCGACAUCCUCCGAAACGUCAGCAACGACACAGACCUCUUCACUAUCACAGGCACAGGCUGGCACUUCGUCAAAUACCUCGGCCCCGGCGUCGUCGUCAUCGGCGCCGAUUGUCGCUCCGAAAGAAACCCACACCAGGUCAUGGCUGGUCCAACGUACCAGGGUCUCUUCCCCAAGGUCGCUAUGCUACCGCCAAGUGUACAACAUUGUCUCUGGAUGAUCGCCGUCCCAAUUAUCUACCCCCGUCUGGAAACGGCGGAACACAUCGUCCAGACUGUCGCGACGGGAAAGCGAGCCGUGACUGGCGCGUACAAUGUGCUAGGCAAAGUAACAAGCUCUGUAGCCGGAGUGGUUGGUGCCAAAGACUUCGUCGGCUCGGGCUUUGACUCUGUCAAGCGUGCUGUAGGUAAAUCUGGGCUGAUGGGUGGUAUCCUAAGUCCAUUUGGCGAAUUCAGCUCGAUGGACGAGCUACGCGAUCAAUGGACGCACGAGUCGAAGGAUCUCGAACGAACAUACCUCAUCCGCACUCUGCAAGGCAUAGCGCACCAAAAAUCCAUCCGAAUGACCUUCCUCUCCGGCGCCGUCAACGUCUGCGGCGCAGGUCUCGUCCACGACCCCUCAAGCCCCUCAGACCACAAGACAAUGUACCAACUCAUCGCCUCCUCCGUCGUCAACACCCCGCCACCCUCCUACAUCAUCAAACUCCUGCACAGCCACAGCAAGCCCCUCUACGUCCCCUCCAACGGCCACAAGUCCUCCGCCCAGGUCACCGAUACCAAGGAGGAUAUGAUGGAGAUCUUCCAGACCGAUGUCAACGGGCAGGCGAGGGAGUAUCGCAAGCUCAUGGCCCGCAGGAACUAUGUUGCUAUUGUCGCUUAUGACCCCGAGGCUGUUAAUGCUUCUUAUGGUAUGGCGCCGGGUGCUAGUAAGUUGAGUCUGGCGGCGGACUUUAUGGUGCAGGGUGAUGGGGCGCUGGGGAAUGUUGUUAAGUUUGGGCCGGUUAUUGUGCCGUGUUUGGAUCAUGGGAGGUGA